UGUAGCAGAGUGUAACAUAUACAGAUUCCAUGGAUGAUACAGUUUUUGUGCUGGGUGGUGUGCUCAGCAGUGCUGGCUCCUUCCCUGUGCAGGGCCGCUGUCGACGUGCUGCUCCAUGCUGCUGUGGCUGCACCGCGGGAAGCUCUACGGAGCCCUGCUGCCCCUGUGGCACCUCUCUCUCCGCCAGCUCAGCCACAGCUACAGGAGGAGUCGCAGCCUGAGGGAGAGCUACCGCCUGCUGCAGCUGCCGGAGGACAAGGACAGCAGCCAGGCCGAAGUGAAGGAGGCCUACCUGCGAAUGGCUAAGCUCUACCACCCCGACUCCGGCGCGCCCACGGCCGACCCCACCCUCUUCUCCCAGAUCGAGGAGGCCUACCGGGCCGUGCUGGCCCACCUGGCGAGGCAGCGGGCGGCCCAGCAGCAGGCGCGGAGCGGAGCGGAAGAGGAGGAGGAGGAGGCCAAGGCGAAGGGCCAGGCCCCCCAACACAGGCACUACCUCAGCUAUGAGGGUGUGGGCGCGGGCACACCCAGUCAGCGCGAGCGGCAGUACCGGCAGUUCCGUGUCGACCGGGCCACGGAGCAGGUGCUGGAGUACCGGAGGCGGGAGCUGGAGCGGUCCUCGCUGGCGGAAGAGGGGGCAUUGUCGGCGCGCGACGUGCGUCUGCGAAGCCGCAAAAUCAAGAUCACUCAGGCCGUGGAGCGGCUGGUGGAAGACCUCAUCCAAGAGUCCAUGGCCCGGGGUGACUUCCACAACCUGAGCGGCUCAGGGAAGCCCCUCAGGAAGUUUGACCACAACCCGUACGUGGACCCCAUGACGCACAACCUCAACCGCAUCCUCAUCGACAACGGAUACCAGCCGCAGUGGAUCGUGGCCCAAAAGGAGAUAAGGGAGACGGUGGACAAGCUGCGGGCUGGGCUGCUGGGAUACCGGGCGAAGCUGGGGGACCCCCUGACCCCGGCGGAGCAGGCCCAGUGGCAGCAGCACUGCCAGUCCUUCAGCGACGACCUGGUUCGGCUCAACAAAAAGGUGGACAACUUCAACCUGAUCGUCCCUCUGCUCAGCAAGCAGAUGGUUCACUUUAGCCUGCAGCGUGAGCUGGACCGAGCUCUGCAAGCCGACCGAGAGAGGAGGCUGGAGAAACGGAGACAGAGGGAGGCAAAUGAGGAGAGGGACAGGGCAAACACAAACGAACACACCAGGCAAGGACUCCUCUCAUGGGUGCAAAAUCUGCUGAAGUAACCUGAUGCUCUGGUCAGUUGGUGCACAGGACACACCUGUAGGAUCUGCUCAUAUUGAAGCCAUGGUGUGUGGCCAAACAUUUGCAUUGCAGUGCAUAGUUAUGAGGUGUCUCGAGCAUUAAUUGUUGAAAUGACUGAAAAUACAGGGAAAUGAUAAUACUGUAAUUGUGUCUUGUGUGUCUGAAGCACAAGAUGUCCUUGAAUGCAUGAUUGCUCUUCUCCACAUCCCAGACACGACUCAUGUAAUAUUGGUUUUCAU